AUGUCGACCUCCCAGCAGAGAACGAACGAUGAACUCAACAUCCAACCUGUGCACGAGCAGGCCCAGCGCCCAUCCGACUCGGCAACGCCAGUUGAUCCGCCUGAGAGUGUGGUCAAGAAUGGAGUUGUGGUGAGCUCGUCUGCAAAGCCUCCACAGAGAAACUUGUGGAUUGCAUGGCUGUACAUCUUCGAUUGGUACCCUAGUCACUACAGCAAGGAGGAGACGAGACUUCUCAAGAAACUAGACCGCAUUAUCCUGCCCCUCAUCUGUUCCAUGUAUUUCAUCAAAUGGCUUGAUCAAUCGAACAUCAACAACGCUUACAACUCCGGCAUGAAGGAGGAUCUCAAUCUGAAUGGCAUUGAAUACAAUCUGUUCCAUACAUUCUACAACAUUGGUUACCUUGUACUGGAAAUUCCCGUCAUGUUGAUUAUCUCUCGACCCAAGCUGUCUCGCUGGAUCCUUCCAAUUUGCGAGCUGCUAUGGACCAUUGUCACUUUCUGUCAGUCCCGUAACAACAGCGCUGAGAUGAUCUACGGUAUGCGCUUCCUCAUGGGUCUUUUUGAGACCCCGGCUGCCAGCGGAUCCUUGUACAUCUUGGCCUCUUGGUACAGGUCCGAGGAGGUGUUCAAGCGCGCCGGCGUGUGGUACGUCUCUAGCAACAUCGGCGCCAUGUUUGGUGGCUACAUGCAGGCUGCAGCUCAUGCCGGUCUGGACGGCAAGGGUGGCAUGCAGGGAUGGCGCUGGGUUUUCAUCAUUGACGGAAUCAUCUCUCUUCCCAUUGCCAUCGCAGGUUUCUUCCUGUAUCCCGGUAUCCCUACCAGCCCGCGCAUCUGGUGGCUCAAGGAAUCUGAACAGCAACUGGCUCAGGCCCGCAUGCAGGAUGACGGUGUGAGGAAGAGUCGCAAGAUUGGCAAGCGUAUGCUCAAGCGCGUCUUCACUCACUGGCAUUUCUACGUUGCAGUGUGCACAUACGUCUGUUUCCAGCUGACGACCUGGGUUGCUGGCCAGAUGAUUGUCUGGGUCAAGUCGACAGGCGAGUAUUCCGUCGAAAUGAUCAACAUUCUCCCGACCGGCGUCCAAGCCUUCGCCAUUGUUGUCGGCGUUGUGGUGCCCUCAUUUGUGAUGGUCUAUCCAAUUUGGGUUCCAUUCUUCUUCGCGGCAACAAUCCUUCUCUUCUGCCACUCCACACUUCUUGUCUGGGAUACGCCGCUCGGUUUGCACUUGGCUGCGUACUUCAUGCUCGGCAUGACCUCCUGUAUCACGCCCAUGCUAUUCCCCUGGGUACAUCUCAUUAUGAAGGAUGAUAACGAGGCGAAGAGUUUCACGACUGGUGCUAUGAUGACUGUCGGCUGGGCUUUCUUCACGUGGUACAACGUGGUCACCUUCCCCAUCACGGAGGGACCCCGUUGGACUCGUGGCUUCACGGCGAACGUCGUCCUGACCUGCUGCUACAUGACCUUUUUCUUGAUCGGGCAAAUUCUCUGGCGACGUGACCAGAAGAGAGGCCUGUACAAGAGGUCUAUUGAGGAGGAGGAAAACCAGGAGGCCCUCGAUGCAAAGCUUGAGGAGCCCGACAGUUCCGACUCGAAGCCCGGACAUGGUGCUAUGGAGGUCGAGCAAAAGCCAGUGGGCCUGAGUAUCACUGAACGCAAAGAGUAA